GACCGACUCGCGGGGGGCGGUGGUGAUUCGCAGCGGUCGGAUAGGGAUGCCAAAGAGAAGGGCGAGCGCCCGGUUAAGAAGGAACGCGCGCGGAGGGCGCGGGAGGAGAUGGUGUCGAGCGAGGAGGAUAAGGCGCGGGUUCGCUCGUCGCACACGAAGAGAAAGCGAGAGAAGGAGCAUCGCAGGGCAACGGGGAACGCGAGGAAGGCGGUGUUAAAGCCGCCGGAGAAAUCGUCGCCGCUGGAGGCUCAGCCGGGCGUUUUGGGCCGGCUAAAGGGCCUCAUCUUCGGAUCUGGUGGUCAGUGAAGGAGCACAAGAGCUCGAGCCAGUGUUUUGACUGUUGCAAAGUCAAGCGAAACACAAGCGAAAUCUCACGCGUUUUCACUUUUCUUCCGCGCACACACACGAUGGCGGCGGUGGGGGCGAUAUCAGCAGUAGCCGCCGGGCUGCUGAACGGGAGCUGGAAUCUGCCCACGAAACCCGAUGCGCCGCGCCUUGUCAAUGCCGCUUUGUACUGGGAAUGGGAGCAGAUAUGGCUCGUCGCCAACAUCCUCAUCGUCAUCUUCAACACUUUUCUCGUUCUCGGAGUGGUGGGUGCGGGCACCCUGGGAGACGUCUACCGAGGGGCGAGCUCCGGGGAGCUCGGGUCGAUAUGCGCGUUCUCCCUGCUAUGGGGCUUCGGCGGGGUUGGCUACGGCCAGGCCAUCAAGAGGGUGGGCAUGGCGCUCGGCACGAGCAUCGUCAUGGCGCAGAUCGUGUGCAUAGGCACCGUCUUACCUCUAGCGUUCUCGGCAGCAGACAUGACGACGCAGGAGAUCGUCGGGUCCGUCGUCGGGGUCCUGCUCGCGUGUGCGGGGUUCGCGAUGUCCUCGAGGGCCGGGCUCCUCCGGGACGCAGGCGACGAGGCCGGGGGGCGCGCGAGGGGUAGCCGUGCCUCGACGACGACGACGGCGGCGGUGGAUGUUGAGGACCCCGUCAAGGGCGCGUCUCGUUCGACGUUCGUGGAGUCGAUGGCGUGGUGCGUCGCGGGCGGCGUGCUCUCAUCCAUGCUGCAGUUUUCGUUCGUCUUCGGCGGCGGGCUGGUGGACGACGCCGAGGAGAGAGGGGUUGCCAAAGAGGCAUCCGCCAUGCCGGUGUGGAUGCUGUGUUUCCUGUUCAACUCUGUGGGCCAUGUCUUCUAUGCUUCCUGGCUGCUCAAGGCGAACGACACGUGGCGUAAGUUCCGGUCGACGCCGGCGCGUGAUUGGGCGCACGGCGGGGUGAUGUGCGCGCUCAUAGCCGUGGCGUUCACCGCUCACAUCCACCUGUACGGAUUUAGCGCAUCUUCGUCCGGGGCUGUGUUCGCGUGGCCGCUCGUGAUGUCUUCGACCGUUUUCACCGCGCAGGUGUGGUCGCUGGUACUGGGGGAGUGGACGGACGCGAGUUUGGAGGCGAGGGUGGCGAACUGGGCGUCGCUGGGUCUGUUGGUGGCGGCCGUCGCAGUUGUCGCAUUGACGGCCACAUUAUAACGGUAUUAGGCAAUUUUCGUCGAACUAAAAGCGCAGGCUGGCAGGUG